AUUAAUAAAAAUAAAUGUUAUAAGGGAAAUUGAUCAAGGUGCUUCCAGUUAAAACUUAGAAAACAUAUAUGGAAUGGAUUCAAUAUUUCAAAUGAGGAUUUUUAAUUCAUGGAGAGGUCGAAACAUAAGAUUGGCUUUAUUGGUUUUAUCACUCAAUGUAAAUACAACUAAAGGCAGCUGUGUUAACGAUGGAGGCGAGUGCUGUACGAAUUUUUACCGUUACAAUGGGAAAUGCAUUCCCUGUCCUGUGGGUUCAUAUGGAGAUAACUGUUCCUUAACUUGUUCACCUCCGCUCUACGGGAAGAACUGUGGGCACCGGUGUACAUGUAGUCCGGAUGAGGAGUGCAAUCCCUAUAAAGGAUGUGUCAGAAUCGAUACCGCGUACACUCCUUCUACAAGUAUCAAAGCAGGAAACGACAUGGAGUCAACACCAAAUUCAAUAAAAGUGGAAACAACAUCAAUGAGAAAUCCUUACAAUUCAAAAGUAGACAAAGUAUAUCCUGUUUCUACGGAUAUCAUUCCUAUCUUAGAAGUGGUAUCCAAGGAAACAAAUUCUGUGACUCCUAAGUCAGUUGCUGGAGGUAACUCACAAACUUUGCAGGUCAUCAUAAUCACGGGACCUGUUUUAUCUUUAUUUCUGACCAUAAUAAUAAUUAACCAGAUUCACGGAAAACUGAAAAAGCGUAGGAAAAACAUCUCCGCAAGUCAAAAGCCUAAGUCCUUGGCUACAAACGAAGCAGAGGAAGAGGCUUAUGUAGAAAUCAACGAGUCUGGCAUGCUGGAAAAUAUUUCAAGAUACGACAAAAUCGAGUCGCAACCGUCAAUAAAACAACAAAACUCAAACGAAGAUGAUUUGAAAAUUGAUAUCUGUGAUGUCACAAAAGCAAUGCGUCCAAAAUUAAGGAAUAAAGUGAUCGAUAUUAAACCAGAAGAACCAAGUGUUAGACAAGAAGAUGAGAGUUUGGAAGAGAGACGUUCAGAUUAUCUGGAUGUUGUGACCGACACACUUUAUGAAUCCCCAGAUAAUUCUUACCUGAAACCAGUAUGUAUGUUAAACACGUAUAUAGACGUGAUAGGUUCGCCACCAAAAGGGAUGUCAGAAAGCGGAAGUCGGACCGAGUGUCAGACCUUUGAAGUGGAAAGUCCAUCGAUCUGUCAAAGCGAGCUAACCAGCCAAAGGGACACAUAUCUUGAAGUUGUCCAUUAAUAGAGACCAUUCAUAUUUUGUUUUUAAUCUGAUAUAACAAAUACUUGUAAAAAAUAAUGUGGAUAAGCAUGUACUAAAACAGAUUAAACGUAACUUUCAACGAUAAAAACAA